AUGCGUAUGCUCACUUAUGGGGUUCCAGCUGAUGCGACAGAUGAGUACGUUCGCAUUGGCGAAAGUACUGCACUUGAGAGCCUACGUAAGUUUGUUGCUGCAGUUGUUGAAAUAUUUGAAGAUGAAUACCUCAGAUACCCCAAUGAGGCGGACAUAGCACGAUUACUUGCAAUGGGUGAGAAAAAAGGAUUUCCGGGAAUGUUAGGGUCCAUUGAUUGUAUGCAUUGGGCAUGGAAGAACUGUCCAUAUGAUAAACAAGGUCAGUACAAGGGGCAUGUGGACAAGCCAACUAUUAUUCUAGAGGCUGUUGCUUCGGACGACCUUUGGAUAUGGCACGCCUUCUUUGGAAUGCCUGGGUCCCAUAAUGAUAUCAAUGUUCUUCAUAGAUCUCCUUUGUUUGAUAACCUAGCCGAAGGUAGAGCUCCAGGAGUGAAAUUUUCUGUUAACGGACAUGACUACACAAUGGGAUAUUAUCUUGCAGAUGGUAUAUACCCCUCAUGGGCUACUUUAGUCCAGUCCAUCGCUGCUCCUAUGGGCAACAAGAGGCAAUAUUUUGCCAAAGCACAAGAAGCAGCGAGGAAGAUGGUCGAGAGAGCUUUUGGGGUUCUUCAGUCUAGGUUCGCCAUUAUUCGAGGACCAGCGCGCCCUUGGGACAUUGAGACUUUGGCAUUGAUCAUGAGGGCUUGUGUGAUCAUGCACAAUAUGAUUGUGGAAGAUGAAGGAUUCGUGGUUGACCCUCGGGAACGUUUUGAUUACGGUGGUGAAAAUGUUGAACCUGAUCAUGGCCAACCUACUCGUACACUUGAUGAAUAUAUUGAGGCACAUAGAAAGAUCAGAGACAAGGGAACACAUGUGCAGUUGAAAGAAGAUCUCAUCGAACACCUGUGGAACCAUCAUCCAGAUUUAUAUUCGUACACUAUAUAA